UCUUUGCAGAGCUCCGUGAUAUCCUUUCGCUGCCAACAUCGUCACUUGCAUUGGUGUCAAUUAUAGGAUUUGCUGAACGAACCGCUGCACACCGGAGCUCCCAGCACGGGGCUUUUUGUCAGCCCCGUGAGGAUCAGAGACUUACCUCAGUGCUGACAGUACAGGAGGGGCUCCCAGAGAGAAUAUUCGUACCGUCAUCAACUCUGCAAACCCCCGUCAGCUGCAGAGCGACAAGUUUCAUACCUGAUUGGUCGUUCCAGCCUCUGGCUAAUUGGCUUUCCUUCACGUCAACAAACCAAAGGGACUCUGGGGCGCUUCACUCUGUGAUAGAAAUGGAAAUCUCCCCGAGGAGUUUAAGACAGGUCACUGGUGUUUUCUGAGUCUCCAUUUCUGCUGCAGUGAUGAGUGAGGUCAUGCAAAUGGCUACUCUGGGCCGUCCUUUCCAGUUGGGAAUGCUGUACGACUGCCGGUCAGACACUCUGAUCCCAGGCAUCACCCUGUGGGACUGUCAGACACUUCAAUGCAACCUGAAUAGCCGCGAUCAGCCCAGCACCGAGUUUCACAUCAUUGCAUCAGAUUCGAUGGAGGAGAAAGCUACUGCACUCAAUGUGUCAGGAUCACUGAAAUUAAGUCUCCUGGGUGGGUUAGUGGAGCUGAAAGGAUCUGCAAAAUAUCUCAGUGACACAAAGGAAUCAAAACAACAAGCACGAGUUACCCUUCAGUACAAAACAACAACCAGGUUUGAACAACUGACGAUGAGUCACUUAGGGAGGCAGAAUAUUACCUACCCUAGUAUGUUUGAUGAGGGGUCAGCGACCCAUGUCAUUACAGCGGUUCUGUAUGGGGCCCAGGCUUUCUUUGUUUUUGAUCAAAUGGCUUCUUCGGCAGAAAACCUGCGGGAUAUUCAGGGUAAUAUGGAGGCGGUGAUUAAACGUCUCCCCGUGAUGGCAAUUCAGGGUGGUGAAGCCUCCCUAAAAGUGACAGACGAACAAAAAUCUGGCUCCAAUAAUUUUAGAUGCACCUUUUAUGGGGAUUUCUCACUGAAAAACAAUCCCACCACAUUCCAAGAUGCUAUCAGUACCUAUGCAACCCUCCCAAACUUACUGGGAUCAGGUGGGAAGUAUUCAGUGCCUAUGGAAGUCUGGCUCUAUCCACUCAAUAAACUAGACUCAAAUGCUGCUCAUCUGGUAAGAAAGAUAGGCGUGGGGUUGAUAAAUUCCUGUCAGCGUGUCCUGGAACAGCUUAGCGAGGCAGUGAUGAGAUGCAAUGAUCUGAUGAACAACAGUGUCGCCAUUCAGUUUCCUGAGAUCGGGAAGAGACUACUGCAAUUCCAAGAGAUGUGUCUGGAAUACAGAGUGAUUUUCCAGCGGAAUUUAGCAAGAGUUCUACCGUCCAUCCGGGGAGGUGCGGACGAGGAAUGGCAACUGGUAUAUAUACUGAAUAGCAUGCAACAGUCACCAUUCCAAAACCAGUCAGUAAUCACAUGGCUGGAUGACAAGGAACAGGAGAUGAAGGUAGUGAGGUAUUAUCUCAAGAUAUUGGAAGGUAUUCCUGUUGUGAAAUCAAUGAGUGAGUUGCAUGAAGUGUUGCUGGAUCCAGCACUGGACUAUUUGGUCUGCUUCACAUUUACAACCCUGCAUCAGGAAGAUUUCUAUCUGUCAGAGGCAAGCAACUACCUCCAAACUCAAACAACUCAGAAAAUGCAUACGCCAACUACUGCUGAUGGAACCCGUGCAACAAGGUUUCACUCACAAUGGUUUAACUCACAGGCUGUUAGCCGAAAGAUGAAGGAGCAAUCUCAAUUAUUCCUGGAUUUUGCUACAGCGAACCGUGCAGAUGGGAAAAUGAAAUUCCUUGUUUCUUCUGUGCAUGAUGACAGCAACAUUGGAGCAUCUAUUUACCUGUAUGAGGAAGGGUUCUUGGAGAAACGGUGUUUUGAACCCCCGUCACAGCCUGAGAAACCAAGGGCUAGUAGAACUACACAUGACAGUGUGACACUGCAGUUACACCCACCCAGUCAUGGUUUCGGUGACGUUGUGGGUUACAAGGUAGAGUACCAAGCUGCCCAGCAGGAGAAAUGGACAACUCUGGAGACACCUGAUAAAUCACACUCCUUCACAAUAUCUGGCUUACAGCCACACCAGGAGUACCAUUUCCGAUACAGAGCAGUGACCAAGACAGGGGUCAGCAAGGUCAGUGAUAGAGUCAGGUGUAUAACAUGUCCGACAAGUCCACCCGACAAACUUGUCUUCCAGGAGCGUUUAUCCACUGCAAAACUGUCCUGGGAUGUCCCAAGACAGAUUGGAGUUGAUGUCAACAUAUUUCGGUACAGAAUUGAAUAUCGAGAAGAAGUAAUUGAUACGGAAGGAGGAUUAUGGAAGGAAGUGAAAACAACAGACAACAAGUGUCAAUGCAAUUUAGAGGAACUGAAACCCAACACAGUUUACAGAGUUCGAGUGUCUGCUGACUGUGGAGAAGCUGGUUCUAGUGCAGCAAGUGAUGAAGUUUCCAUAGAAAUGAAGCAUGUACCAAAUAGAAUCACCCAGAAACUUUGCGAAGAAUCUCUAUUAAUACUCAAAGGAAACCCUUCCGUUUACAAGCUGAUCCUGAAGAAGGAGGUAUUUGAUCAGUCCAAGAAGUUUGUAAAAUUCUCUUUUGGAAAACCCAAACUAAAUCCAACAAUGAAGACACUCAUGGUUCUGGGAGCAACAGGGUCAGGAAAGACAACCCUCAUCAAUGGGAUGAUCAACUACAUCUUGGGCGUGGAAUGGGGGCACAACUUCAGAUUCAAGUUAAUACAUGAAAAUACCGGAAAGUCCCAGGCUGAAAGUCAGACAUCCGCGAUCACUGCCUACCAACUCCACCAUCAAGUAGGAUUUAAGAUCGAUUACUCUCUGACUAUCAUUGAUACGCCAGGAUUCGGAGACACCAGGGGGAUAAGCCAAGAUCAAUGGAUCACUGACCACAUCCGAGAGUUUUUCAAUUCCGCAGAGGCUGUUGAUCAGGUCGAUGCCGUGUGUUUUGUUGUUCAAUCUUCAUUGGCUCGCCUGACACAAACACAGAAAUAUAUAGUUCAUGCGAUUCUUUCUAUUUUUGGUAAAGAUAUCGCAGAUAAUAUUCAAAUACUGGUGUCAUUCUCAGAUGGACAGCGUCCGCCCGUUCUGGAGGCUUUGUUAGUAGCUGAGGUACCGUGUCGCAAAGAUGAAAACGGUAUGCCAGUUCAUUUCAAGUUUAACAGUUCUGCCAUAUUUGCACAGCGCCCAGACUCUGGAAAUACAGCCAAUGAGGGGAGAUCCAGUGGCAUAUGGGAAAUGGAAAAGGAUAAUGAUAACUUUGAUGCAAUUUACUGGAAGUUGGGGGCUUGUAGUAUGAAGAAAUUCUUCACAGCUCUGAGCACAAUGGAAGCAAAAAGUUUAAGUUUGACCAAAGAAGUUCUGAAUGAACGUCAGCAGCUGCAGGCUGCAGUCAAGGGAUUGCAGUUUCAGAUCAGAAACAGGCUGAUCAAAUUGGAGGAACUCAGGGAAACAAAACGGAUUCUGAAAGAAAACCAGGACGAAAUGGAGGCAAAUAAAAACUAUGAGUAUGAGGUUAACGUUAUAAAUCGAAAAAAGAAAAAUACCGAAGCGUAUGUAUUAAACUGUACGAAUUGUCACUUCACCUGCCACGAUCCCUGUCAAGCUGCAAAUGGUGUUUUGACAUAUAUGUGCAAGAUGAUGGACUGGUGGGGAUACUGUAAAGUCUGUCCUACUAAAUGUGCCUCUUCAUGUCACAUAAAUGAAAAAUGCAGCUUUUACGAUGAUAUUAAAAAGGAGAAGAAGAUAUACAGUGAUCUGAAAGCAAAUCAUGAGAAGGCCAGUGGUGAGAUGAUGACAGCGCAGAAAAUCAUAAAGAGACUUGAGCAGGAGUGUGCUGAGAUUGAGAAGGCAGUUCUUCAGCUCAUUGAACAAUCAUCCAAGCACAUUGGAAGACUUGAAGAAAUAGCUCUGAGACGAAACCCGUUAACAACCUCAGCUUACAUUGACCUCCUGAUUCAGUUUGAGGAAGAAGAGGCAAAGGUUGGGUUCAGGGACCGCAUUCGGGCACUGAGGGAGGUCCAGGAUCAGGCAAAGUUAACGGAAAAAAUUGCCAACAGUGAGGAGAUUUGAAAGGAAAAGAAUCAAAAUGGGUCGGGAAAAUUUGAUUUAACGUUUUACAAACUUGGAGAAUAAAUUUAUUUGCAGAUUAGGUCACUCCCAAUAAAUAACUGACCAACAUUCCACUGUUUCCAAUAUGGGGAGCAGAAGUUUAACUUAGCCAACAAACAAAAUGCUCAUUUUAAUUCACCCUCUUUCUCAUCCCCUUAAACACCACACCUUCCUUCCUCAGUGCUGCCGUCCCUCACCAAGCACCCCGGCAAAACCCACACACGAGACCGGUCACCGCCAGACGUUCAUUUGCAAUGGCUUCGUUGGGAUCUGUGGACAGCCCCAAGAAUCUAUCCAGAUCCCUUCCUGUUCCCUAUGUAGGUCCCGUUAUUGAAAUCAUCAUCAAAAUAACAGCGCCCAGAUCUUCCUCCACACCUCUCCCUCAAUCCCACUCUCUCCCUUCUGUCAGACGACAUAUUCCUCCAUCCAGAACCGGAUGACGGGAAGCUUUUUCCCAGCUCUAUGCUUCUCCAUGGCCACUGUUUGGGUCUAACCCACCGUCUGGUGGGAGGGCUGAAAAGUUCCAUAAAAUUUACACAGAAAAAUAAAUGCAACGUGUGGAAAAAUGGAUGUGCAACAUUUUCCAUUUGUCAACGGAUAUAUGAAGGCACACAGUCCGUUGAAUUUAGGUUCGCUUUCAAUUCGAUACUUGCAAUCCCAUUUUCCCACUUUCCCAGAAAUGUGCACUCUGUCAAAAGCCAAAUAAUGCACUCCUUCUCCGGUAUGAAACAGAUGGAGGUUCUAAUGAAGGAUCCAGACCUGAAAUGUCAACGAUUUCCCACUCCACGGAUGCUGCCUGACCUGCUGAGUCAUCCCACCAUUUCCUGUUUUGACAUUAAUUUGCCCAUCACCCACCUGCAAUGGAGUUGAUUUACAAUAACCGAUUAACCCAGAGCGACAGUAUAAAUUUGAGAAAACAAUUGUAAAAUUGGUACAGGAGUGAAUAGAUUUGUGUAUCGUUGCUUAAAACUUUGAAAAUGCACGGCAGAAUCAAGCAGCUUUUACCAGAUUCAGAACAGCCUAAAGCAAACAUCAGCAGAUGCUGUAAAUGUGGCACAAAGUGUCAUUUAACAAAUUAACCAAAGGGAUACUCCCCUGAAAUCAUUCACCGGCAAAGCAAAAGUGAGCAAUGGGGAGAAAUAUUCGGAGCCGAACUUCAGGGAAAACCUGUCACUGAAGCGACACCGAUGACACAGAAAGCUUACCUUCAUGGCAAUGGAAAAUUAUCAACAGUUGUGGAACUCAGCUAAGUCGUCGAUGGCCCGGAACGUGGACGAUUCAUGCGAACCAUCCUCUGGAGAGAACAUCUACAUUCAAAGCCGACCGCGGCGUCGAAAUCUCGAACCUGGCCCUGGCCUCAUUUGCUUGUGUUGGAAGGAAGCAGCGGACCCACAAGGAGCGAGGGUCUUCAUUAUUUUCCAUUGUUACUUGCAGAGACCUCAGCAAGGAUUUUCAGUUUGUGUGCAGGAUUGAACUGUUCACACUGAAGAAGAUCGGUUUCCUCUAAGGUUUUCAGUCCUUCGGCAUUGAUUCAAAAUGCUAUGGUUGAGCCUCAAAACCUGUCCCCACCCACAGUAGAGGCCACACGACUGUCUCAUUGCCUUUUACCCUCCUGCUCCAACGUGUCUUUGGAGAGCUGGGAGAAAAAUGUAGUCCCACCCUAGGUCAGUUGUGAAACUGUUCGAACCCUCCAGUGAGCAGAACCAAUGGCUACCUUGCCUCCAGGAACAGAAUUUUAAGACCCCCUGACCCACUGCCUGUGCAGCCCGAUACACAUCCUGCCCAUCGGCUGCUUCGGACCUCAGGCAGAGUCUAUAUACCAGCUGGUGACGGCAGUAUGAUAAGAGGGCGGCAGAGUGACACGGCCAGUAGAGCUGCUACCUCUCUGCGCCGUAGACACGGAUUACUGGUCUCAUGUGCUGUCAGUGUGUGAUUAUUUCUGUCUGUUUUACGAGUGUCAUAAAGCACAGCAACAGGUCGAUUGGUUCACUGUGCCCAAGACAGCCAUUAAGUACUAUCUAUAGAUCUUGUUUCCCAGCAUUCGGUCUGCAACCUUCUAUGCCUUGUCGUUUAGUGUGCUCAUCUAAAUACUUCUUAAAUGUUGUGAGAGUCUCUGGCGCCAUCAUCCCCUUAGGCAGUGAGUUCCAGAGUCCAUGUAACCUCUGGUUGGAAUAAUAUCUCUUCGGAUCCCCUCUAAAUCUCCUACCCCUUACCUGACACGUGCGCCCUCUACUUUUAGACACCUCUGUUUUGGAUAAAAGUUUCUCACAAUUUACCUAAUGUCCACCCCUCAAAAUUGCUGCACUUGAAUUUAAUCCCCACUGAGCCCUGUUUACUGCAAGGAAAGCAAAACCGUACUCUUCAGUGUCUCCUCAUAACUGCAAUUUUCCGCAAGUGCCAACAUCACGUCCUUUCUGCAGUGUGGCGUCUGGAACUGUGCACGGUACUCCAGCUGUUGCCUGACACUGUUUUAUACAAUGCACUGCAACUUAGCUGCCGUUAUAUUCUAUGAUCUGGCUAAUGCCGACAUGUAUGCAUUUUCCUUCUGCACUACCUAGCAACGGCUUUAGGAUUUCCCUGGACUUGUACACCAAGGUGUUUCUGUUCCUCAGUCGUUAUCAUGACGCUGCAUUCAUUGUUUAUGUCCUAGCCCUAUUCGUACUCCCAAAAUAUAUACCCUUACUCUUGUCGGGUGUAAAACAUUAAUUUGCAUGUCAUCUGAAAACUUGCGCAUCAUACUCACAACAUGCACAUCCAAAUCAUUCAUGUUUCCAACAAAUGGUAAGUGCACCAGUACUGAUCUCUGUGUUACACCGCUAGCUACUGGCUUCCAAUAGCAAACCGAUCCUCCAAACAUCACCCUCUGACUCCUAUACGAAAAGUCACUUGGAUUCAGUUUGCUCUGGAUCCCAUGGGCCCCAACCACACUCACCUCACAAAUACAUUUUAUUGUUUCUUUAGACAAAAAAUAUCAAAAUUGUCAAACAGAAUCUCCUCAGAACAAAGCCUAUAUGACUUUCUUUGACUAAUCCCAUCCUACACGACUGUACAUUAAUCCAACCCUUCGGAUUUUAUUUUUCUAUUAUCUUCCCUGAUUCUCACGUUGGACUCACGUUCUUGUAAUUUCCUGGUUUAGCCUUGAUGUCUUUCUUGAAUAAAGGGACCACUUUUGGUGUCCUCCGGUACAACUGGCACUUUAUUGUGCACUGUAAAAUGUAAAAGAUCUCUGCCAGGACUCCCAGAAUAUCCUCCCCUAUCUCCUAUCACAGCCUGUGAUACAUAUCAUCUGGCCUGGGAAUAUGUUCUUCUGCGAUAUCUAAUAUCUCCUUUUUAAUAAAGGGUGUCCAAACACAAUGUCCUUCCUUUCAGUGAAUACGGAUGAGAAGCAUUCAUUUUAGACUUCACCCUCAUCCUCUGGUUACACACAGAGAUUACCCUGGGCACACUCUUGCCCUUACUAUACUCAUAAAAUGCUUAGCGAUUAUCCUUACUAUUGUUCACGAGUGACACUUCAUGUCCCCUUUUCGCCUAUCUAGUUACGUUUUUUGAGUAUCAUUUUACACUUUUGAAACGUGAAGGGUCUACUUUCAUUUUCAUUGUCUCUUCCUCCUGUAUACUUACUUGCUUUCAUCCAUUCAUUGAUAUAUCUUGACAUACAAUGUCCGUUAGAUUUGUUGACCUUACCUUUCAACGUUGUUGGAAAACGUUUGCCCUCAACAAAUUGUUCAAUUUUACAUGAUUGGCACAUGUCAGAUUUAGACUGAGUGUCUGUGAUUUCAACCCGUCAUAGUAGGAUAAACAUCCAAUCUAAACAGCAUGAAGACAGUGAUAAAUCACGCAAAUUAUGAAUUAUUCAUUGGGAAAUAUUCUCUAACUUUCUAAGGGCCCGUUGUUCUGAUUUUAGCAUGUUGUUGCUACUGAGUAUUACAGCAUGUAAACCUGAUAUACAUUGAAUUGCAAUUAACUUCUUUCAUAUUCCAAUAGAAACUAACCUUGCGAAUUUAUCAUUAUAGAUGGACUAGGAUUGAUUACUGAGCCGUGUGUGCAAGUGGAGACCGAUUCAGUAGGAAUGUGUUGUUCUGGGUGAAAUAUGUAAGGUCAGCAGAAACAACAAAUCAAGGGGAAUGAACUCUCUUCAUCGGGAAUUGAUCAGGUUAUCUCAAAACCGUGUAGGCAGAACAAGAUAUCUGUUUCCUGGAGAGAAUAUCGGAACGGGAAAGGUGACGAGAUGCGGGAAAAGCGAGAGAGCGAGAAGCGACAGAGAGAGAGAGAGAGAGAGAGAGAGAGAGAG